AUGAACCGUCAUUUGGCGGUCGUGAGGGCCGCGGCGGGUGAAGAUUCAACUCAUUACCAAUAUAAAGACAGUGUCAAGGCCAAGUUGCAACUUUUGAGCGAUUUGAUAAACAGUGAAGGUGAUGUCAGCAUUGAAGGUCUAAAAGACAAGCAGAAGAGUCUCAAAAAACUUCACAGCGAACUCAACAAACUGCGUAACGAACUAGCAGAUAAACCAAUGAAAGCCACUGAAGAAUUACUCUCAUUCAUCAAGCACGCCCAAAAGCAUUAUUCAGACGACCUUAAACAAUUCCUCAACAAACAGGUCGAAGAGGCAAAAUCUAAUCUCACCUCCCACACCCGUGAGCAGUACAUCACUGCCGUAACCACGCUCCUAGAAGACUACACGAAGAAGGUGGCGAAAGAUCUGGAACCCUUGCCUCAAGCCAUCACCAAUGAUUUGGACAGAGGACACAAAAAGUUCAUGAGCAUGUUCGAGUCCAAAUUUGUAAAAAAGUACGAGGAUAUUGCCAGCAUUGACGUCAAGUCUACCAAGAGGGAAUCUCCGUUGAGCCAGGCGGCAAAAAUAUUAUAUAGCACGUUCAGACGUUUACAUUCUUAUCUGAAGUCAGAUGAUGACUUCACGUUGGACAUUUCAAAAAUCAAGCCAUCGAAUGACGCUCUUGUGAAAUUGUUCGAAGACCUCAAGACGUCAGAACACUUCAACCAUACGUUUUCAGAAAAUGUGGAUACCGUUAAGAAGACGUUCGAAGACUUCCAUCCAUCUAAGUUCGGUGGACCAACAACUGUACUCUCGCAGGCUCUCAAGGAGGGAAUCGGCGCUUUGGUCACCGAGCUCGACAAGGCGUACGUCUCCUCGUACUCCGGCGUGGAAUAUGAAGGCCCGUUGGUCACCGAGGAAACCACUGACACUAAAACCGUCGAGCUGACUGCCUACGGAACCAAUCUGUCCAAGGUCUGCCUCACCAUCACGCCCAUCUUAUAUCAAGAACUAACUACCCUAAAGCACGGACUUGAUAUUUAUGAUUGGAAGACCUACAGAAUAUACAAUUCGUCGGAUCAUACCUCCAGCCUCCACGCUCUCUUCUUCCGCGACAACGGGUAUGACGUCCAUCGUCCUGAGAACGCUGAGCAUGGCGAACUGAAUCACAGACAAGACUUUAUUGGUAGCAGCAUUCUUGCGCACCUGACCAAUACAACGCAUAAUUUGUUCAGCCAACAGUCAUCUCCCGUCACCGGCAUCCCUCAAUCGACAUCCGGGUCGGACGAGCUAGGUGUAACCAUCGCGGAGGAGUGUGGUCUCAUCCAAAAACUCUAUGAUUUCCUGCAGACGUACUUCAAAGUCUGCCACCUUACCCGUAUUGACAAACCCCGGGCUCCAUGCUCCGUUUACGAAAUUCUCGUCUGGUGCAACGGCCUGCAGUUCAACCCCGUAUACGAGAAGCUCAAGGCGCAAGUUAGGUCUGAGUUCAUGAAGGAGGACAAGGAAAGGCCGGGUACUCAAACGCUGCAGCCCUUCGAAGCGCACCCGUCUGAUUUUGAACACACGCAUAUCGACGAAUCGCUCUACAAGGUCUCAUCCGACUCCCACGCCGUCCUCACCGCUAUCCUAGGGCACGGUCACAGGGACGGAAUUUACGCCUGUGAGUUCUCCAACAACUCGCUGAAAUUAGAUUACCCAACCAGCAUGAUACUGUUGCUUUGCACGUUGUUCGACCUGCUCAAGCGCCUCUACCACCAGCUGUACUUCCUGCUGCAACAGUGUCAACUUACAACUCAGCUUAGCGGCUGGAGGGACUGCCACUACGGCAGGGGCAUCGGUGGGUCGGGCUGGCAGUGCAACACAAAGCAAUGCGCUAAGCAAGACUGCGACCAAAGGCAUGACCAAAGUGGUAACCAAACGGGUGAGCAAUUUCCCAACUGCGGCGUCAAGUCGCCACUGCAAUCGUUCUUGGAGGACGGUUUGAAGGGCCACCUGCCGCAUUCGGUGACAGCUAGGGGAUCCAGUCUGUCAUGUGGCACUUGUGGUAAUUCACCUGGUAUGCCGUGCAGAACUCCAAUGGGCUUCGCUGACAUCGGUGCCAUCGCGUCGCAUACGAUGAUUGGCCGGAAUAUAUGCGAGGUGCUUGAGUAUUUCUGUGGGAGUGCGAAAUCGCCUCUCACUAGACUGUGCGGUUACCUCAACUGCCUUUUGCCUAGUGCGCCGAAAACGCUGGCGGACAUGUUCAGCUUCUACUAUCACCUCACCGAUCGCUGGGGUAUGCAUGGCAAUGAUCAUAAACAACUGGCAUUUACAGAGAAAGUCACCGCUGCCAAUUUCGGGCGUCAGUAUAAUGAUUUGAAAGUCUACCACUUAUUUACCCCUAGCCACUCAGCAUUGAAGAAGGGCCACUCCGAUGGCAGCCUGAGCAGUCUCGUAUGCUUAUCAAAGGACUCCGUCGUAUGCGGUCCUUAUCUGCGUCCCAUCACUCACGCCAUCUACGAGACUUUCUCGUCAGAACACGCCGAUAAAUAUUUGUCGUGGAUUGUCUACCUGACGGCGACGUUCUACGAUCUGCUUAAGAAAUUGUACGAUGAGUGCAAUUCCAAAUGCGGUGCCAGGGGAUCGAAUUGCCAUGAAAAGGCGUGCAUCAAGGAAUGUAGAACUACAUCCACCACGUAUCAACCGCCACGAUAUCACGAUCCCAAAUGCAAAUCCAUUGUACAGUGCAAUGCUACGCUGCCGACAUUGGCAAAAUACGGCUUUGUUCUCGGCAAUGCAGAGAAGCUGAACGGAAGUGAACGACCGCAAACGAAACGCACGUGCAGAGAUUUCUGUGAUGUAUUUGCGGAGGCAUUUGAGAAGGACUCACAUCUUGUGCAACUCUUCAAAGCCAUUGAUAAUUUCAUUUUCACCAUCAGGCAGCCGUUCAUCUGGCUUAACGUGGCACUCUGGUCACUAUCCCUGUUCUACCUAAUCUGCGUAAUGGUUGGCAGACUGGAUGUGCUCCACAUACGCUCACACCUGAGGAUACCGUCAUCGCACAAGAUAACGGCGCAAUCACUGUUGGCUGCAGCGCAAGUCGGAAGGCUUGCCAAGAUAUCGUAUCUACAGCCGUAA